UAAUGAAGCCGCUCCGCCGCCAGCGCUGACAGCCGCGCAGGGAGCCGAGCGGAGCAGAGCGGGACAUGGAGGAGGACAGGGCCGCCUAGCGCAGCGCAGCAGCGGCCACAGAGAGCACGGAGCCCCGCAGCCUGCCGGAGGAGAACCGGAGGACCAUCCGCUGCUGCUCAUCCAACUUUCCCUGAACUUUAUCUCAAGAGUUUCCCUCCCAGCCCAGACGGGACCAUGCGAGUCGCUGUGCGUAAAGACCCAGUGAGGAGCUGAAAGUUUGGAGAGACUCUGACUGGAGUGAUUCGGGCUGUUCGGAACCAUGCCGCGGCCCGGCAGAAACACGUACAGCGACCAGAAGCCGCCCUACUCUUACAUCUCCCUGACGGCCAUGGCCAUCCAGAGCUGCCCGGACAAGAUGCUGCCGCUCAGCGACAUCUACAAGUUCAUCAUGGAGCGUUUCCCCUACUACCGGGAGAACACGCAGCGCUGGCAGAACUCCCUGCGGCACAAUCUCUCCUUCAACGACUGCUUCAUCAAGAUCCCGCGCCGGCCGGACCAGCCUGGAAAGGGCAGCUUCUGGGCGCUGCACCCCAACUGUGGGGACAUGUUCGAGAACGGAAGCUUCCUGCGGCGCCGGAAGCGCUUCAAGGUGGGCGGCGUGCCGGUGCCGGACCCGUUGGGCCCCAGCAAGCCACAGGACGCCGCGCACUUCCUGCAUCAGCAGGCCAAGCUGCGGCUGAGCGCGCUGCACGCCGCCGCGCAUCUCCCGCAGGUCCCUGCGGGGUACGGCCUGGGCUCCACGCAGCAGUCCGGCUUCAAGCACCCGUUCGCCAUCGAGAACAUCAUCGCCAGAGAGUACAAGGUUCCCGGCGGACUGGCCGCCUUCCCGGCCGCCGGAUACCCGCUGCACAACCAGCUGAGCCCGGCCUGGCCGCACAUGUACGGCCCGGGCGUCAUGGACCCCGCGGCGCCCCUCUCCGUAGCUCCCGCGGACUACUCGGCCUACGGCAUGCCGCUGAAGACGCUCUGCCACGGCGGACAGACUCUGCCCGCCAUCCCGGUGCCCAUCAAACCCGCACCCGGCCUGCCCGCACACAUCUCGGCCUUCCUGGCCCACUCCCCGCGUUCCCUGAGCCCGACGUCUCCGCAGGCAGCCGCCGGCCAGGGCAGCCCGGCCGGGCCCGCAGAGCCGCUGCAGUCCGCGGUGGCGGUGCACUGAGCGCCACGCAGGACCGCAUGACCGCAGAACGCGGGUCAAGCUGCGGGUUCGUGUCUGUUAAUGAGACCUUUGACCUUCCACGGAGCCCGGUUCGGAUCUGGAGGUUCGGUGGGUCCAGCAGAGACAUGAAGCUGAAGGAAACUCAUGAAUGAAACCGAACUUUAUCGGAACUUCAGAGGAAAGUCCCGGAAAACCAAAUAUUUCAUUUUUUCCUUCAGUUUGUUUCUAAAACUGGAAAACAGAGAGAGAACAGUUCUACCGACGGAACCACGACGGAGAAGCACUUUGAAGGAAGAACCGGAGGCCUCGCUGUGUGUGUGUGUGUGUGUGUGUGUGUGUGUGUGUGUGUGUGUGCAUGCUGCUGUAAAAAUGUUCCUGAGCAUCAAAAAGCAUGAAUCGUCUGCAGCUCCUCUGUUUGCUUUAUUCUCUCGUUGUUGGUGGAAACAUUUAAAGAACAUAUUUUUAAAAAUGUUUCAUUUAUUUCUGGCUCUUUUAAAAAAAAAAAAUAGU